AUGCCGAAGAGACGAGACAUCCUGGCUAUCGUGCUGAUAGUUCUGCCCUGGACACUCCUAAUCACCGUCUGGCACCAGAGCACCAUUGCUCCACUGCUUGCAGUGCACAAGGAUGAUGGUGGUGACUCCCAGCGUGAUCUCACUGCAGGCUUGGACUCCAAGGAAUACUGCCUGUUGGACCAGGACAUAGCGGAGGUGAUGAGGACAGAGUACGUGUACACGCGCCCACCACCAUGGUCAGACACACUGCCCACCAUCCACGUGGUCACCCCCACCUACAGCCGGCCGGUGCAGAAGGCAGAGCUGACCAGGCUGGCCAACACGCUGCUGCACGUGCCCAACCUGCACUGGAUCCUGGUGGAGGACUCGCAGCGCCUCACGCCGCUCAUCACACGCCUGCUGCGCGACAUGGGGCUCAACUACACGCACCUCAACGUGGAGACACCGCGCAGCUACAAACAAGUUUGCAGCUCCAGGGCUGAAUUUCAGCAUGUCCUGACAAUCUGGUUGGGCUUGAGUAGGGGAAGCUUUCCCACCUUUGCUCUUUGUUCAAGUCCAGGAUCUCAGGCACAAAGAGACCCCCCCAGGCAGCGACAGCUGUGUGUGCCCCCCCAGAUGCGCAGCACCAGGAAGGUGUCGGUGUGGCCCGUGGCCUUCGUGGGCGGCCUGCGCUACGAGUCACCCAAGGUGAACGCGGCAGGGAAGGUGUACGGCUGGAAAACCGUGUUCGACCCGCACCGGCCUUUCGCCAUCGACAUGGCCGGCUUCGCUGUCAACCUGCGCCUUGUCCUGCAGCGCCCCCAGGCCUACUUCAAACUGCGUGGCGUCAAGGGCGGCUACCAGGAGAGCAGCCUGCUGCGUGAGCUCGUCACCCUCGGCGACCUGGAGCCCAGGGCCGCCAACUGCACCAAGAUUUUAGUCUGGCACACAAGGACAGAGAAGCCUGUGCUGGCGAAUGAGGGCAAGAAAGGAUUCACAGAUCCUAGUGUGGAAAUCUGACUGUGCAGAGACCAACACCAGAAGAUUUCUUCAUGCACAGCCUGGAAGUUCCUCUGCACAGCACCCACCCAGUAGCCAGGCAGGAGCCAGCACCUCUGCAGCCCCCACGAGUUUUAGCCUUCUGGAAAACCAACAACUCUGCACAGACGAACUGCCCGGCCCCCUGCCCUUCCUCCCGCACUCGGAGCAGAGCAGACGCUCCGGAGGUGGAGAAUAAAGCACAGCGAACCGGGACUGCCCCUCCCGGCGCCAGGCUCCCAAUGGGACGGGGCUGCACCGAGCAGCGGCUUUUUGCCGGCCUGGGUGAGGCUGACAGCCACGGGGGGACUGGUUCUGCUGAGAGACACGGACCUUGUGGCCAUGUGUGACAGCCUGAGCAGCUCUCUGGCCAUGGAGGGGACGGCUGCCUUCUGAGAUGGCACCUUAGCCCUUAAUUUCAAACCGACUUUAAUCAGUGUUUGUUACGCUGCGCAAGACAGGAAGGGUUUGGGGGAGGGGGGAAAGCAAGGCAGGUUAGAACAAACCCUUUAAGCAUCACUGUUUUCUGAUUUCCCUCUCCUUUUCCUUCCUCAGUUCAAUUCCUCUGUGGUGGAAGGGACUUUAAAGGUCCUCUAGUCCAACACCCUGCCAUGGCCAGGGACACUUCAGCGGGACCAGGUUGCUCCUGGCCUUGAAUAUUCCCAGGGACGGAGCAUCCCCCACCUCUCUGGGCAACUUGUGCCAGUGUGACACCACCCUCCUUCUAAAAAAUUGUCCUUAUAUCUAAUAUAUCCUCUUUGAGUUUAAAACCAUCAACCCUUGUCCUAUCCCUGCUAAAAUGUUUGUCCCCAUCUUUCUUGUAAGGCCCCAGAGUGGGAUGGAGAAACAGGAGCAGGGAGCUGCUGAUCACCACUGAUCCUAGAUGGAGUCAUGUGGUUCUCUAAAAAUCCUAAAAUAAUUGGAACUGGGGUUUAAUGAGAUUGAUUGUUGGGGCCAUACACCAUAAUAUGCAUCCAGAUCUUGGUCCUGUUUAGCCCUAAUUUGGUUCCUGUGAGCAUUAGGUGUGGGAUUCUCUGAAGGGUGCUCCUAUAUAAAGGCAAAUUUAAAAAACAAAACUGCUUCAAACUAGGGACUGGAUGCUAAGAGGUGAUUUUAGUGCAUUUCCCAUUUGACUGGAGUGUAUCCUUGUCUCAGCCCUUUACUGCUACUGCAGAGCUGGUGUGAAAAGCCACCCUGGAGCAGUUCCCAGUCCCCUUUGAUGGAGAGCAGCACCCUUGGGAAGGGGAUCCUGGGCUCAGGGCUCUGUUGAUUCAAAUUACUAUUUAUUAUCUGGUGGUGCUGCCACCGUGGGUGACUGUUUGAGACUGCCAAAUUUGUUAAGAUAAAAACUGAGGUACAACAGGCCCCUUCUCCCCAGCCAAACCCCCUAAAUUCCCUCCCCUUCAUAAUUGUUGUCAAACCUUUGAUCACCCCCUCCGCCCCACUGCUGUCCCAAUUCCUUCAAAAAUUUUGAAGCAUAAUUUUACCUUUGAACUGAGGGAAAAAUGUAAUCCUGCAAUAGACUUGGUUAUUUUUAGCCCUAACACAUAGAACUAUUAAAAUGCUCUGGGUUUGAUUGUUGGCUUCACGGUGCAGAAGUCUCCCCUUGGACUAAUGACAUUGUGUAUUUCCUGAUAUUUCAAAGGAAAAUAUUUUUUGUAAGUUAUUUUCUCCACUGUAUAUCAGAACCAUUGGGGAAAAGUCACAUUCUUUAGUUCCCAGCCACAGAAGCCUUUAGAAAAAUGUUCCUUUUAGAUGCAAUGGCUGAAGCACUACUUGGAAAGAAAGUGUUGGAUGCUGCUGGCUGCUCUGUGGGAACAGGUAUUGUUACCUUGGAUUAAAACUCUGCACUCAAGUAGA